UCUGACCAUAGUCACGUGGUACCCCUCAGUACCAGCAGCUCUGAGCCGAACCGGCCAGCUCCUGGUUCCGGCAGAACCUCCGGACUGCUGUUGUGAAGAGGUUCCGUGGAGCGCAGAACGGCACCGCUUCAGGUCCACUUCAACAGAACCAUCGGUUCUAGUGAGAGAUGGAGGACCGGGUUUCUGGACCCGAACUGGUUCUGGUCUUCAGCGGGAAACGGAAGUCCGGGAAAGAUUAUAUAACGGAUCUGAUCCAGGAUCGUCUGGGCUCGGAGGUCUGCUGCAUCCUACGCUUGUCUGGACCGCUCAAGCAGCAGUACGCUCAGGAACACCAGCUGGAUCUGGACCAGCUGCUGGGUCCCGGUCCGUACAAAGAGCUGCACCGGGCCGCCAUGAUCCGCUGGGGAGAGAACCGCCGGAACCAGGACCCUGGCUUCUUCUGUCGCCUGGCAACCAGUGGAGCUCAAACACCUGUGUGGGUGGUGAGUGACGCGAGGCGGCUCUCAGACCUGCAGUGGUUCCGCUCUGCGUUUCCUCGUCAGACCCGCACCGUCAGAAUUCAGUGCUCAGAGGAAACCCGGGCGCAAAGGGGGUGGAGCUUCAUACCAGGUGUGGACGAUGCAGAGUCAGAGUGUGGGCUGGACAGCAGCGUGGAAUUUGAUUGGAUCAUCACCAAUGAGGCCGACGCCCCCUCUCUGGACGAGCAGCUGCAGCCAAUCCUGAAGGCGGCGCAUGAAGCUGCUUCAUCGGCCCGUUUGGAUCAAUGAAGUUAUUAAUAUCGGCAAAUUAGGGUUUUAAUGUAAUCCUUUGGAAAGAAAUUAAACAGAUGAUUGACUCAGCCACUCCCCCCUCCACCAGGGGGCGCUCAUGGGUACAUGGCGACGAGGAUGUGAAGCCCUCCACACCAAAGCAAUGCAGCCGGAUCCACAGCGGCUGCUACGGCACUUUGAUCUCAGUCCUGUCUGUCUGCUGUAUCGACACAUGGGGGCUACUGCGCUGUGAUUGGACGGGAGUCAGAUGUGCUCAGGCUGGGGGGGGGGGGGGGGGGGGGGGGCUGACUCCUGCAGUAUGACGACAGAAACUGCGUGUUCUCAUGGAGUAACAAGCUUAAGAAGCGCCAUUUGUAGUGAAUCGAUUCUACAUAAAUCAAAGUUAAAUGAACAUAAUAAUGAAAAUAAUGUUUCAUCAUGGAGCAACAGUUCAAACUGGAUUCCUUUUUGUAGAUUUUUGUUAAGAGCUUCUUUAUCUGCGCGGAUGAAAAGUUUCUCAACACGAGUGUCUUUCUGCUGCUGGAGCGGUCUGGGUUCUGCUGGGUUCUGAUCCGUUACCUGUCUUACCUGCAGACGCUCGUCACUCUGUAAAUAUAAAUAAACUGAAUUUAAAUGA